AUGCAGCGGCACUGUGCGUCAGCCGAUCAGGGGUUGGCCUACGGCCGGCCGAAGAACUAUUCUACUAAUUCAUCGAUGCAUUCAACGAUGGAGCGGGGUUCUUUGCUAUCGUUUGGAUCCAUGAGUUCGCGGACGUCGCUACUGGACUUUGAUCGCGACAAAAAGUGGUACAACUCGACAUUGGAGCUGGUUAAGGGCCAAGGAUCGGCGACCUUGAGGCCCAAACAUUAUCAUCAUCUCUAUUCUUCAACCAGGGACCUCAACGACUCCAGAUAUAGCCAAUAUUCAAGCUCUACGAAUGGACUAGCCAGACGUGAUGGAAGAUACGAAGAUGGUGAGAGACGGUCUAGUCUGUCGUCAGGACUAGCCUACUCUACCAGAACAUUGACUAAGCCGACGAGCAAGUUGGCUAGAAGGCCUAUGGAUGCUGACUUGGUUGCUGAUUCAGCCAAAUCUACUGGUUUUGCCAAGUCAUCCAAAAAUUUGGCAAAAUCCUCCGCAACUCUUGCUAGAUCCUCAGGACUGGCCAAAUCGUCAUCUGAAUUGGCCUAUUCCUCCGGGCUAGCCAAAUCAUCGAUAAAUCUUUCAAAAUCCGGGUUUGCUUCAACUCUUUCUCGUCUAAAUCCGAGAAAGUCCCGACUAGCCUAUCAAAACCCAGCCCUCGCUGACUCUACCGUAAGCCUCAUCCAGCAACCCUCUGCUCCAGCCUCUAAUUCGCCUGGACUAGCUCGUCAAUGCAACGGGCUAGCCCGAUCCAGCUGCUCUCGCCUCAACAAACACUCAUAUUCGAAUAAGGCGCUGUGUAAGGACCCAUUCAUCUACAACAAGCCCGCGAAAAGUCUGCCCCGAUAUCAGACCGAUCAAUUCGGCUCAACGCUAUCGCUGAAGCCGAUCAGAGCGAAGCCGGGCAAAGGUCGUUUGGCUGAGAUUAAGGAAGUUCAGCGCGCCAACUCUUGUGAUAAUAUGGAGCGAUUGUUGGCGAAGCAAAAGCGGAAACAACAGGAUGAGGCAGUUAGUGUGAUGGAUUUGAAUGGCAAAAAAAAUGGAGGUAAAGGUAGGUUUCCAGAAGGAGUUUGGACGAGAAAAGUGGAAGAAAGUAGGAGUUUGGUGGCGAUAUAUUCAGGGCUUUUACGUUAUGAUAUACUAGCUAACUAUAUAAGCCAACGGAUUGCGAAGGGCAAGGAAGCCAAAAUUAGAUUUUUACUGGAUUGGCUAACUUUAUGGGGGGUAUUGUUCUAA